AUGGAGGUGGAAAACUCCUGUUUCUUCUGUGGGAAUGCCAGACAUCCCCGUUCGAAGUGUCCCGCUCGUGAUGUUACUUGUUUGAAAUGUCAGAAGAAAGGCCACUUUGCGAAGGUGUGUCGAGGCAAACCUGCUAAUCCCAGAGGUAGAAUUUCGGCUGCUGCCUGGUCACCAAGUCUAGCAACGGUCCCAACGAUACCAACAUCCCUUUCUAAGUCAUCAGCCACUGUUUGUAUCAACGGGUUGCAGGUAAAGGCCCUCUUUGACAGCGGUAGUAGUGAAAGCUUCGUCCACCCCGGUAUUGUAAAAGAAGCUGCUCUAACAGUCCGGCCCUCAUCUAGUACCGUCUCUAUGGCAACACUUGCAUCAUCAGUUAAAAUAUGUGGAACCUGCAUUGUCGAUCUCGUCUAUCAAGAACAAAUUUAUAAAGAUCUCAGUUUAUCUGUUCUACCUGAACUUUAUGCUGAUCUGAUUUUGGGUCUCGACUUUCAGUCACAACAUGAGAGCGUUAUCUUCCAGUAUGGAGGAUCAAAACCACCUUUGUCAGUAUGUAUUUUCAGCAAACUUAACGUGGAGCCACCUGAACCAUUCUCAAACCUAACGUCAGACUGCCACCCAAUCGCAACAAAGUCCAGACGAUACAGUCAAGAAGGUACCGAGUUUAUUGAUAAAGAAGUAACAAGGCUUCUCGAAGAAGGUAUCAUAGAACCCAGUCAAUCACCUUGGCGAGCUCAAGUCGUAGUAACAAAGGAUGAGAACCAUAAGAAAAGGCUUGCCAUAGACUACUCCUAA